AUGUAUGCCUCCCGUUUCGCGCCAGAGCUUGAGGAUCCGCCAGAACGUGCAUUCCGAAUCUCCGACGCAAGCAAGAGUGUCUUCGAGUGCAAGAAUUUCGAGACGGAGAACCAAGAAAACAAGCCCCCUGCAGGCCUGGGUACACGACCGAGUACUGGGCCUACUGGCGGGGCGCCAGAAGUUUCGAGUCCAGCUAAGACAGGAUCGGGUACUAGGGGCGUCGUGUUCCGGUUGUAUUAUCAAAGUGGCGGUACUACCACAAAAAGGGAAAACAACCGAGGAGGAUGUGUUGAUGGUGCUGCGAUUAAAAGGUCUCGGGUACAUCUAACGACGACUUGGUGUCACUAUCCUGUGAUCGGGAGGAAGAUUAAUACGCGAUUGAGGAAGGAAAUUCGUUAUCUGAAACUCGUGGAGACUGGCUUCUUUGAAGCGGUGGAGUUCUAUAUUCCAUGUGUAUAUACGACCAUCAUCGCAGGAAAUAGCCAGCAAAGUUCGACCGUUCAUGAUAUAACAGGCAGAAAAGCAUGCAUGUCAUCCAAUCACUGGCACCAAGCUCCAGGUGUUCCUAGUAUAGUAUAG